AUGUCCAGCCCCAAUAAUUAUGAUAUCCAGAACAAAUUCAAAGCCUCCGGGGGUCCUCAGAACAACAACACAGGCACUGGCAGCCAAUUUCCGGGCGCGAUUUUCCAUGGACCGGUGAAUUUCAGUAAUCCAAAAGUCGCCUCGGGAAAUGAUGACUCUUGCCUGCUAGCUCUACAAUGCGUGGACCCAUUCAUCGUCAAAAAUCAGCUGAAAGAACACAAGGAUAAAUUACUUUUCAAAGCCAUCGAAUGGAUCUUUCACGAUUCGCACUAUCAUCAAUGGCAGAAUGAAGACAAUGUUCGCCUCCUGUGGAUCCGGGGGGGCGCGGGGAAAGGGAAAACCAUGAUGACGAUCGGCCUCAUCGAGAAACUUUCGCAGGAUAAUUCUUCUAUCGCUACGUAUUUCUUCUGCCAAAAUGCAGAUUACAAGCUCAACACCAUCGAAGCCAUCAUCAAGGGAUUGAUUUGGCAACUAGUUCAGCAGCGAGCAGAGCUGAUUAGGUCUCUUCAACGCCGCUGGGACGCAGUGCGCUCACGCUGGAAAGAGACCAUGUCUUGGCGGACUCUGUGGGAUAUUCUUUUGGAAAUGCUCAACCGAUGUUCGCAUCAGCGAGUGUACGUGGUGGUGGAUGCUCUGGAUGAGUGUGAACAUCAGGGCAUGGCUGAACUUUUGAGGCUCGUUGUCCGAACGGGACUGGACCACCAUAAUGUGAAAUGGUUGUUGACGAGCCGCCCAUUAGAUAGUGCUGAUCAAGAAUUGCUUACGACGGCUGAACAAGUUGGGAUUGGCUUAGAGCUCAACUCUAGUCAUCUUGAGGCAGCCGUUCAAACAUAUGUCAGUCAUAAAGUGAGUGAGCUCUAUCCUGAUCGCUACUACGGAUCACAAACUCCAUGGAAGGUCACAUCUGAGCUUCUGAAACGAGCGGAAGGAACAUUUUUAUGGGUCAGUCUGGUCUGUAAGCGGCUCGAAAGUGGUGAGAAUGCGGAGCGUGUCCCCCCAGAUGAGGCAUUGUCGACUAUUCAGGAUCUGCCCCCCGGCCUGCACUCUCUCUAUGAACGGAUUUUCAGUCAGAUCAUCGAUGGCCAUUCUGUAAUUGUUCGGGGCUGCCUACGGCUCCUUAGGGUGAUGAUGCUGGUCUAUCGGCCUCUAGAAAGGGCGGAACUGGCCAGUGUGACCGGCAUCUCGGAGACCAAGGUCACAAGUGAAAAGAUCGUAGAUCGAUGUGCGUCGUUUCUCAGGAUGCGAGGAAGUGUCAUUGAAUUUGUGCAUCAAUCAUCCCGAGACUUCUUGGCAGGAUCAUCGUCAUUCCGCUCUUAUGAGCAAUACGGACAUGGGGAGAUCGCAUUGAGCUGUUUGUCGUAUAUGUCGAAAGUGCUGAAGCCGAACCUGAUUAAAUUGCCACUGCCAGAUUCAAUGAGAGAGGGAAACCUGCAGGAAGCAGGAAGUCUUAACGAAGAUAUUACCGUUCUUCAUAGCCUAAACUACGCUGCUACCCUGUGGGUGGACCAUCUCGAAUCCGCAAAGAACACAAAAGUUGGACAAAGCGCACUUGAUGACCACGGCCCAGUCAUGACGUUUCUGCGUGUCAACUUGUUAGAAUGGCUGGAGUGUCUAAGCCUGCUAGGUCAGCUGCGGCAUGUCAUUAAGGCUCUAAACAUAUUGGAAAGUAUUGCUGAAAACUCUUUAUUACAAGCUAUUGUUUUCGAUGCUACGCGUUUCUUGCUGCGCCACUACCAGACGAUAUCCGCUUGGCCGCUUCAGAUCUAUAGCUCGGCGAUUGUGUUUAGUCCCGAAUCCAGUCUUGUCCGGGCAGACCAUAAUAUUAAGAAGACUCCCGAGUGGCUGAAAAUAAUCCCACAUCUCGAAAACGCAUGGGAAACUCUAAUACAGACUUUAGAAGGCCAUUCCGACUCGGUUACUGCCAUCGCCUUCUCACCUGACGGCAAGCGAAUCGCUUCAGCAUCUUAUGAUAAAACCGUCCGGCUGUGGGAUGCAAGCACAGGCGACCAUCUAAAGACGUUGCAAGGCCAUUUCAAAUGGGUUACUGCUGUCGCCUUCUCACCUAACAGCAAGCAGAUCGCUUCAGCGUCUUAUGAUAAAACUGUCCGGCUGUGGGAUACAAGCACAGGCGACCAUCUGAAGACGCUGCAAGGCCAUUCCGACUGGGUUACUGCCGUCGCCUUCUCACCUGACGGCAAGCGGAUCGCUUCAGCAUCUCAUGAUAAAACCGUCCGGCUGUGGGAUGCAAGCACAGGUGACCAUCUGAAGACACUACAAGGCCAUUCCAACUCAGUUACUGCCGUCGCCUUCUCACCUGACGGCAAGCAGAUCGCUUCAGCAUCUCAUAAUAAAACCGUCCGGCUGUGGGAUGCAAGCACAGGCGACCAUCUGAAGACACUACAAGGCCAUUCCAACUGGGUUACUGCCGUCGCCUUCUCACCUGACGGCAAGCGAAUCGCUUCAGCAUCUUAUGAUAAAACCGUCCGGCUGUGGGAUGCAAGCACAGGCGACCAUCUAAAGACGUUGCAAGGCCAUUUCAAAUGGGUUACUGCUGUCGCCUUCUCACCUAACAGCAAGCAGAUCGCUUCAGCGUCUUAUGAUAAAACUGUCCGGCUGUGGGAUACAAGCACAGGCGACCAUCUGAAGACGCUGCAAGGCCAUUCCGACUGGGUUACUGCCGUCGCCUUCUCACCUGACGGCAAGCGGAUCGCUUCAGCGUCUGAUGAUGAAACCGUCCAGCUGUGGGAUGCAAGCACAGGCGACCAUCUGAAGACAGUACAAGGCCAUUCCAACUCAGUUACUGCCGUCGCCUUCUCACCUGACGGCAAGCGGAUCGCUUCAAUGUCUCAUUAUAAAACCAUCCGGCUGUGGAAUGCAAGCACAGGCGACCAUCUGAAGACGCUGCAAGGCCAUUCUAACUUGGUUACUGCCGUCGCCUUCUCACCUGAUGGCAAGCGGAUUGCUUCAGCGUCUGAUGAUGAAACUGUCCGGCUGUGGGAUGCAAGCACAGGUGACCAUCUGAAGACGCUGCAAGGCCAUUCCAACUGGGUUACUGCCGUCGCCUUCUCACCUGACGGCAAGCAGAUUGCUUCAGCAUCUUAUGAUAAAACUGUCCGGCUGUGGGAUACAAGCACAGGCGACCAUCUGAAGACGCUGCAAGGCCAUUCCAACUCAGUUACUGCCGUCGCCUUCUCACCUGACGGCAAGCGGAUCGCUUCAGCAUCUCAUGAUAAAACUAUCCGGCUGUGGGAUGCAAGCACAGGCGACCAUCUGAAGACGCUGCAAGGCCAUUCCGACUGGGUUACUGCCGUCGCCUUCUCACCUGACGGCAAGCAGAUCGCUUCAGCGUCUGAUGAUGAAACUAUCAAACUAUGGGAUGUUAGCGCUUUCGUGCGCUCAAUAAGGUUGAUGGGGAGCUCCUUAGGUGCCAUCCGCAAGUUCCGUAAAUGGUAUCACCAAAUUCAAACCUCAGCUAUAGUUACAACCUUGAAAUUUUCUCCUGACGGUCAAUUUCUCCAAACAGACCUUGGUCUUAUUAAAAUUACCAAUAGUGACUCCGAGGCCGGAGUUACAACCUUGAAAUUUUCUCCUGACGGUCAAUUUCUCCAAACAGACCUUGGUCUUAUCAAAAUUACCAAUAGUGACUCCGAGGCCGGUCUCUAUCUUGAGAACGGCUGGAUAUGCUAUAGAUCAAGACCUGUAUUUAGAACCCUACCGGGCUUCCAACCGUCCUGUUAUGAUGUGCAAGGCAAUUAUAUUACAGUCGGUUGUAGGAACGGUUGGGUGCUGUGUCUGGAGUUUGAUUGUAGAAUAUUGGACGAGUUAUUUGAUCCUCAUUACGACAGAUAA